AUGAUAAUGAUAAAUAAUAAAUCGAGCAUAAGAAAAAGGGCUAAAUCCUCAUUGAAUUUUGUUGUUUCAGUGAAGUAUCAGAACAUAGAAAGAUCUCACAACAAUUCAAUGGAUAGUUUGAACACUCGCGUUAUGGAAGUCUACGAAUAGCAAUAGAAGGAUGAUCAGACACAGAUACAAAGGUUGUUGAUAAAGAAGCAAUUGCUGGAGAUUCGAAUUCGUCAUGAAAAUGAGAAAUACCAGGAAACCCAGAACAACCAUUAGUUAUUGUUGCAACGAUAAGAAUCGAUGGAGAAUAGCCAAAAUAAGUACAUCUCACAAAUGAACCAAUUGACUGAGUGUCUACGAGAGAUAGUGUAGUAAAAUCAAGAGAUGGAGAGUGCCUAUGAUGACAAGUGCAAAGAAUAUGAGAUAAUGGAUUCAGAAGGUGAGGAGGCCGUGUUAAAAGCUGGAGAUAUCAUCUAAGGAAGAUUUCGUAUUGGAGAUCUUCUUGGAGAAGGAUCAUUCGGAUCUGUCUUUAGGAUCUACGAUACUCAGAAUAGCAAUUAAGUCUUGGCAAUUAAAGUGGAGUAGGAAUUAGAAGAAGAGGAAAGCAUGUUGGAAAGAGAAAUCAAGAUCAUGAUGGAAUUGAAGAAGAAACCUGGGUUCCCACAGAUAUUGUACUAUGGGUAGGAGAAUCAUUAUGUCUAUUACAUUAUGAAUAUACUUGGACCUAAUCUUGAAAUUACGAGCAAGAAGUGCGGAGGGUCCUUCUCUCUUGUAACAAUGUUGAGAUUAGCCAUUCAGAUGCUUAGCCGAAUUGAAACAUUGCAUUCUAUGCGUCUCAUUCACAGAGACAUUAAGCCAGACAACUUUGUUUUGGGAUUAGGAUAGCAAUAAAACCUUUUACAUCUUAUUGAUUUCGGAUUGUCUAAAUUUUAUGUAAAUUCCAAAGGAGAGCACAUCAAACAAGUGCGCAAAAAGGGAUUGAUUGGUACAGCCAGAUACGCUAGUAUUAAUGCACACAAUGAACUUGAAUAGAGUCGUAGAGAUGAUCUAGAAAGCAUUGCUUAUAUCUUGGUCUAUUUGGCUACUGGAACUCUACCUUGGAUGAAUCUCCAAAUUGAAUAAAAGGAUCUCAAAUAUGCUAAAAUAUUGCAUCUCAAAAAAUUGACAGCCCCAGAAGUCGUAUGUAAAGAUCUACCAGCAUGCUUUACCAAAUUUUUAACGGCUGUACGUAAAUUAGAUUUUAUUACAACUCCUGAUUAUGUCACUUACAAGAAGCAAUUUCAAAACGAGCUAGAAAAACAUUAAGGACAAACCUAUUAUGAUUGGGAAGUGGUGGGAGAUAAUUCAACAAAAAAGAAGAGUAACACAAUGCAUAUUAUGCCAGAUCAAUUAAAAUAAAAUAAUAGUCCUAACAAUUUGCACAUUAUUAGUAAUGGAAAUGGAUCUAAUAAAAACACUGUCACAUAUGGUCAGGAUCAAAUCAUUGAAGGGGAUAUGGACAAGAAAUUGAAUCUGUAGAUAUCAACCAAAGGUGUGGAUAAUAAAUAAUUUGAAAGGUUUGAAUAGAUUUUGCAAUAGAAUCAGAAGAAAUACUAUAAGAUGAACAGUACAAAGAGGCAAAACUCUGGGAGGGCUAAAACACCUGUGAUGGUCAAUGUGAUAGAGCCAGACGUAAUAAAUGUCUAUAGUAUUUAGAACCAAAUUUAGCAACAAUAGUAUGAAUAGGUUUACGAUGAAGUGCAAUACAUUGCCAAAUCAGCUAAGUUCUUGUAACCUCCUUCGACUCCCAAUGGCAGAAAUUCCUCAUCCAUUAUAAAUCCCUAUUAUAUUCCAUCUCUCAACACCUCACAAGUGAACAAUUACGAUUGGAGCGAAGGAGAAGAAAUAAGCAAUGAAGGCACUCCUCUGUGGUGUAUGUAUGUAGAAAAAGAGAGAUAAAAUGUGAUGACAGGAAUUUAAACCAAAAAGAAGAACUCAAUUAAACAUAAUAGCUUCAGUGUUCUAUCUUAUCCUAUCUAGAAUUAGGUAAGAGGAAGUGAUGAAGAAAUAUUUGAUAUCGAAUGA